CAUCCUUCCACAGUCAGAAAUUCUGAGUCUGUCGAAUAACUUUUCUUAAGAACGUCGGCUUUGCCUGUUUUUAUUGAUUAUUGGAGUUGUAAAGCAUUAAAUAUUGUUUAACUGCAUAAAAACAUAUAUUGCUAAUAUAUAUUAAUAGCACUGAGACAGAAACAUGAACAUGGAUGCCAAUGCUGUCGAAAAUCGUGAGAAGGAGCGCGAUCGUCGUGGUCGCGGCGCACGCGGCUCACGAUUCUCAGAUGCCGAUGGUAAUAACGGCAAUGCUGUAGGCGGAGGAGGAGGGGGCGUGGGCGGCGGACAAAAUAUUGCACGAGACAGAAGUCGUGAGAGACGCAAUUGCCGUGUAUAUAUUUCCAACAUUCCGUACGAUUACCGCUGGCAAGAGCUGAAAGAUCUGUUUCGUCGCAUUGUCGGCUCCAUUGAGUAUGUACAAUUGUUCCAUGACGAGAGCGGCAAGGCGCGCGGCUGCGGCAUUGUUGAAUUCAAAGAUCCAGAGAAUGUGCAAAAGGCAAUGGAGAAAAUGAAUCGCUACGAACUGAACGGCCGUGAGUUGGUCGUCAAGGAGGAUCAUGGCGAACAGCGCGAUCAAUACGGCCGUAUUGUCCGGGAUGGUGCCGGCGGUGGUGGUGGCGGUGGAGGAGGCGGUGGUGGUGGUGGUGGCGGCGGCGGCAACGGUGGCGGUGGUGGCCGCGACCAUAUGGAUGACCGGGAUCGUGGUUUCUCCCGACGUGACGAUGACAGAAUAUCUGGGCGUAAUAAUUUUAACAUGAUGUCGAAUGAUUUUAAUUCGUCGAAUUACAAUUUGUAUGGGCUUUCUGCUUCGUUUUUGGAGAGUCUUGGCAUAAGUGGACCUUUGCAUAAUAAGGUUUUUGUUGCUAAUCUGGACUAUAAGGUGGACAAUAAGAAGCUCAAACAGGUUUUCAAGCUGGCCGGCAAAGUGCAGAGCGUGGAUCUGUCCCUGGAUAAGGAAGGCAACAGUCGUGGCUUUGCUGUAGUCGAAUACGAUCAUCCUGUGGAAGCAGUACAGGCUAUUUCCAUGCUGGAUCGUCAAAUGCUCUAUGAUCGUCGCAUGACUGUGCGUCUGGAUCGUAUUGCCGAUAAGAAUGAGGCCCUGAAGCUGCCCGAAGGACUUGGCGGUGUUGGCAUUGGUCUGGGCCCCAACGGUGAGCCCCUCAAGGAUGUGGCACACAAUUUACCCAACGGUGGAAACCAAAACGCUUCGCAGCUUCUCAACAAUGUGCAGAAUGCCCAGCAACUAUCGGCGGUCACUGGGGGUCAAGUCGGAGGCGGCUCCAAUGCUGGCAACCUUUUGGGCAGCCUUAGUGGUGUCAUGUUUGGCAACAAUUCAGCCGUGCAACCCUCUCCGGUGGCGCCAAAGCCCAGCAUGGGCAACAACCCUGGCAGCGGUGGUGGCGGACUCAAUCUAAACAAUUUGAAUCCCAGUAAUUUGGCUGCUGUAGUUGGCAACCUGGGAGCUGCUCUGUCCAAUCCUCUACUGACCUCUUCGCUCAGCACUCUCGGCCUCAAUCUAGGCAACUCUGGCGGCAAUGAUGAUGGUCUCGUCUCUGCCAGCAAUGUGGGCUUAUCCAAUAACUACAGCAGCGGUGGUGGCGGCGGAGGUUAUGGUGGUGCCGGUAACAACUACAACAGUGGCGGUGGAAGUGCUGGCAGUGGCGGUGGUGGCGUCUCCGGUGGCAAUGUGGGCUACAAUGCGUACAACAGCAGUGCCGGUGGUGUCUCCAAUGCUGGUAACAACCAGCUCGAUGGCAAUGACUAUGGCAACUCCGGCAAUCAAUUGGACAUGUUUGGAGGCGGUGGUAACGUGGGCGUUGGUGGUGGCAACGUUGGUGUUGGCGGCGGUGCUGGCAAUGCUGGCGGCGGUCCCCGUAAAUCCGACACAAUUAUCAUCAAAAAUGUGCCAUUGAGCUGCACUUGGCAGACACUGCGCGACAAAUUCCGGGACGUUGGUGAAGUCAAGUUUGCCGAAAUCCGCGGCAAUGAUCUCGGCGUGGUUCGAUUCUUCAAAGAGCGUGAUGCUGAAUUGGCUAUUGCUCUCAUGGAUGGUUCCCGUCUUGAUGGUCGCACCAUUAAAGUAACAUACUUUUAAAUCGUAGCCCUUAGAUUUUAACUGAGCAGUUCGUAUAUCCAGCCAAUGAACCGAUAUAAUUAACAUGUAGAUGACAUGACCAACGGCUUAGAUUUUACCCACAUCAAAGCAGCGGCGAGGCAGUUCAAGCGGUUUUUAGUUGUAGUAACUCCAAACAUAUAUAAUUGUUUAAUUUUUAUACACACUUGUAUUUACACUACUCAUAAAAAGUAUCAUAAAAUAACUGACUUUCCAAAAUCCAGACGACGCAAUUUAUGUUAUUUUUAAGUGAUUGAAUGAAAUUUAUAAAAUGCAAAAAAGACAAAAUUUGCGGGGUAUUCGCACUAGCCUCCACUGUCCUGUAUUUAAAUGAAGAGAAUCAAUAAAAUAAUUCAGAAAAUA